AUGAGCGAAGCUACGGCCGAGGCAAAAACCGCCAGUGGUGAUGCACCGGUUUGCUCAAACGAGCCCCAGAAGCCAACUGCCGUCGACGAACUCGCUGAUGCCCUCAAAGUCACGAAAAUCACCCCUGCCGCUGAAAACGCCCAGCAAGAGGUCCCCGAAAAGGCUGAAGAAGGAUCUACUGCUGCUCCUGAAGCUGAAGCCAAGCCCAAACGCGAGCGCGUUUACAAGAAAAAACACAUCCUCACCCGAGGAGUGACCGGUAAAGUAAAAUGGUUCAACGUUUCCAGAGGAUUUGGAUUCAUUGAACGCGACGAUGAAGGAGCCGAUGUCUUUCUCCACCAAUCCGGCGUUGUCGGAUCUGGCCGCCGACACCGCUUCAGCUUGUUCCUCAAAGGCGGCGAGGAAGUUGAAUUCGAUGUUGCAGAAGGAAAGAAAGGGCCCGAAGCAAUUGCAGUUUCUUCCCCUGGUGGAUUGGAGCUCGCUCCUUUCAAUCCCCGAUUCCGACGAGGUACCCGACGAGAGCCAAAUAAUCGCAAGAAAGAUGGCGAAGGAGAAGAACUUACUUCCUCUGAAGAGGAGAAAACUCCUCGGGAGCCACGUGACUCCAACAACAACGAACGUCGAGAGCGACCAGAGCGCCGCCGACGAAAGUUUGACAAGCGAGCUCGAAAUCCCCGAAAGGGAGGAAAGAACGAGCGCAAAACCGAAGGUGCUAAAAAGGAAGAAGAAGCUCACGCUCCCACUACUGAAAAGGUUCAAGCUGCCCCAGCCGUUCCUAACGCUCACCUUCAAGCUCCUGAACUCAUCUCUGUCGAGUAG